AAAGUUUGGCCUCUUGGCUCUUGUUAUGCCAAAAUAUCUUUCAUCAUCUUCUGUUUCCUCUCAUCUUCCAUGGCUUUGAAAUUCUCUCAAAUUCUCUUUAUAGUUCUCUGGCUCUCAUUCUUCUUUCUCCUCCUCCACUACUUGUAUUCCUUCAACCUCCACCAUCUUUACUCUCCUAAUGCGGAUGAGCCGUCGAUGCCGAAGCACCAGGACCGCAGUCCCUACACCACUAGAUUAGUCAGCAGAAAAGCUCUCUCCCAUAGAUUUGACUUCACUCCUUUCCAUCCCCGAGAGAACAACCACCAUCAUCGUCCUUCCGGCGAGAAAGACGACGGCGAUGAGAUCGAUCCCCGUUAUGGAGUGGAGAAACGCCGAGUUCCCUCCGGACCCAAUCCGUUGCACCAUUGA